CUCUUUCCUCUUUGUUACCGUGUGCUGUUUUCUUCUCGCACUCUCCUUUCUCCCGUUAUCUCUCGUCUCGAUCCCUUCCAGUUUCCUCUCCUUCUUCCUCUUGUUCUUCCUCUUCUUUGCCGUCGUGUGGCGCGGGUGACUCAGCGCGCAGGCGCGCGCGCGACAGGCGACCCUGUGGCGGCCUUCAGCACCGCGAGUCGCAGGAAGUUCUCUCGGCGUUUCGAGAGAACUCCCGACAGUCGUCCGUUCAUUCCCUCCUCGCCCUGAUGGCCACAGACGUUCACAAACUCUCCGACGUGCAGAUCGCUGCCUGCAUGCAGGCGGUGGCAGCCUGCUACGUCUCCAGUCUUCGGCGCGCGCAAGGACGACUCAGAGAGAGACACCUGGAGGGAUGUCGGGAGCUCGAGAGAGAGGUCGCGGGGAAGGAGAGAGCAGUGAGGAAGGAGCAGCGAUGCGCGACUGACGGAGAGGCACUAAGGCGCCACACCUUCUGGCACCGAUGUGUGGGGAAGAUCCUGAAAGGGGACUUGAUUCUCAAAACCAGACUCUGCUUGCUUGCCGACAUCCUCGACUCACUCAACAAAGUAAAUCUCACGCUCUUCCAGCCUCUCCCGCUACUUCGCUCACCCUCCCCCCACUCCUCUUCCUACCUUUCUUCCUCUUCUUCCUCUUCUUCCUCUUCUGUCUCUCGCUCCUCGCCUUUUUCUGUCGCGUCCUCUUCUCUCUCUGCGACUGGGUGGCCGUCGGCAGGCUCCGAGUUCAGCUCAGGUCUGACCCCCGUCUGGAUGGUGCACCGGUUCUACUUCCGGCUGUUGGAGAGACUCGAGCAAGAACUGCAAGCAGAAGAAAGACACAAGGGAGAAAGGAAGGAAGAAGCAAAAGGAGAAGAACGAACGGAGGAAAAAGAGGAAGACAGAUUCGAAAGGAAUGGCGAAUCGACUAAAGAAAUGCAGGCACAAGAGAACGAGCAGAAGGAUCCGAAGGGAGGGGACUGGGGUUUGCGGCUUGGGAGCAGACGAGAGCGACAUGCGUCAUGCACAGAGUUUUCUUGCCUCCCCGUAAACUCAGACGGAGACGCGAGGGAGACGCAGAACGGCCAAAAACGUAGGAAAGACACGCGCAGCCUCCUCAGGAUUGUUCAGGCGCUCGCGUCGCGACAGAGACAAACAAUGACUGAGCUUGAGACCCUGCUGGAGCGGCAGGAAGUCGAGAGAGGAGAGCGCUCAAGAAGCGAAGGAGACGAAGAAGAUGGGGAACACACAGGGAGGUCGGAGAGGCCAGGUGAAGCGCAGACAGGCGAAGAGGCGGGCAAAUGGAAAGCUACACAGUGUCAUGCCUCCGGCAAUGAACGACUUCAGCAGCUCUACCAGGCUCAUUUUUUCUUCCUUUUCUUCUUCGAGCGCAUAGCAAAAGCUGCUCUGCCCUCCCUGCUUCUGUCAUCUUCUUCGUCUGUCUCUGCGCCUGCGUUCUCGUCUUCUUUCGCGGCGGUUUCUGCCUCUUCUCCCGCGAGACCGGAACCGGAUUGCUCGGAUGAAGAACGAAAGAGGAAGGCGACAGAAGUACAAGAAGGCAGGGAGAAAGGACCUGCCGCUGCGGUGCCUUCAACACAUGCAGGUCUCGUCAGGGUCUCGCCUGUGAGAGUCGACCGAGAAGGCAGAGGAGGUGCGAGAGGCGAUGGUCGAGACGCGGAGACAGACAUGAACGAAUGCGGAGUAGAGAGAGCGAGAGACUCAGAGGUGGACGAAGCGGAAGGACCGAGCUCCGUUCCUUAUUCAUUCACGCACCACGAGGCAGUCUCAGUGCUCAUGGCCUUCGCUUCUGCAUUGCGAUGCCUGAAACGCGAAGAAAAAGGGAGAGGAAGCACCUGGCUGCAUGCUUCGCCACACUCUGGCGCCGUCUCGCCUCGGACUCACCCGUCUCCCUUCUCUCCCUCUCCGUCGUCUUCCUCGCCUUUCCUCUCUCUCGUUUCUUCGUCGCCUCGCAUCCAAACGUCCUCUGAGCGGCUCCCUGGCAGUCACGACGCCUCCAUUCCUUUCUCUUCUCUCCUUGUCCCCAUUCCUUCUCCCUUUCCCGCUGCUCCGUCGUCACCCUCGUCUCCUCAUUCUCCGGCCUCUUCUCCUUCGUUAUCUUCUCCUCCUCCUUCUUCUUCUCCUUCUUCUUCUUCUUCUCUUCCUUCUUCUUCUCCUUCUUCGUCUCCUCAUUCUGCUUCUGCUUCGCGGUGGGUGUCGGCGGGCGGUGGCGCGACGAUGGAGAAGGUCGGUAAUCCUCAUCUGGCGAGGCGAAAGACAUUUGUGGCGGUCCCUCUAGACUUCUCAGAGUGGUGCUCGCCUCGAAAGGAAAGGCGUUCUCGAUCCCAGCCGUCUGCUCGGUCUGGUUUCCGCGCGCUGCCGCAUCUGAAUGCAGCUGUCUGUCUCCUCUCCUCUCAGCUUCUCCCGCACGUGAAGAGCCUCUCGCCAGCGACCGCUCUAGGGCUGUACCUGCAGCUGAGUCGGACUCCGUUCGACGCAGCGGCGGCCUACAGGACUCUGGAGACGGCGCCUUUCCUCGCAGAAAUGAAGGGGUGGUCUGUUUCCUCGCUGCCUCCGCUCUCUGCGCAUCCAUCCGUUUCCCUCGCGCUACUUCGGCGUCUCGUGGAGCAGCCGUCGGGCCUUUUGCGCGACCUUCCCGGCGAUGUUAUUCCUUCCUUCAUGCUCUCCGUCGCCAAGUGCAUGCCGCAGCUGAACGCGGCUUGUCCUCUCUCUGCGCCUCUCUUUCUCCAGGAUUCUGCACUUCCAGCUCCUCCUUCGCAUUCGCUCCAGCCGUUUCCUCUGCGUUUCCAGGCGCCUGCUUCGCCUCGCGACCUCCCGGCGCAUCCGCAGUCGACAGGAGGUGCUCCAUUGCCUCUCUCGACGUCGGAAGGUGACGGGGAAACACCGCGCCUGGCGCGUGCAGUCGCUUCUCUUCUGCCCGUGCUCGCGCGCCGUCUCGCCUUCGAGCAGCUUCAGGCGGCCUCUGGCGGGCCUCCCAGGAGAGUCCGCGGAUCGCAGCAACUCUCUCCACCCGCGAGCGCCGACGCCCUCACGGCCCUCGCAGACGCCCAAGCUGGCGGCAAAGGCGAGGUGCGGCGUGCGUCUCUCUCUCUCUUUCGCGCCGCCCUGGCGAGUCUGUGGAGAAAAACAAGUCGGCGGAAGGAGAGCGGAGACCACGACGCAGACGGGGAAGCAGCGACGCUGCGUGAGCAGAGACUCCCGAGGCGAACGCGAAACGAGGAGUUGGGCAACAGCGCCACGCGAAGGCCGCCGUCGAUUGCUCCCUGUGCUGCGGUGUCUCGACAGCUGGGAGUAGAGGACGUCAUUUCUCUUAGUCGCAUCGCGCAUGCCGCAUUGAAACUUGGACUGCUGGAGACGUAUCAGGCCGGCGGGAGGGGUGUCCAGGUCUCGCGUAAUUUUGGUGCCUCCGAAGACGAAAGAAGGAACGCAGAAGGUGGAGACUCCGAGGCGAGAGAGGGGCCGAGAGGCAACGCAAAGGUGGCGGACGAACACGAGGAGAGAGAUAGCGAAGAGCACCUCACUGAGGCUGAAGUGGACCAGAUGACGCAGCUGCUCGCCGCCAACAUCCGAGCUUUCUCGUUUCGUCAGCUUCAGUAUCUCUCGCCUGCGCUGCUCUGUUCGCCAGCCUUUGUGCUCCCGGCGUCGACCAGUCGUCUGCCGGAGCGGAGUUGUCGACAGGAGCCCGGCGUCGCGCUCCGCUUCGCGGGUCUCCCACUCGCCUUUCAUUGCCUCGCCGAAGCUCUGCGGCGGUUCUCAGCGGAAAGGGAGAGAGGAAAUGGACGCGCUUCGAGACCAAACAGCAGCCGAGACGAAUGGGGAUGCAGACAGCUGCUGACUGGCCUCCUGGCAGCCAAUCUCGCCUGCUAUUCUUUCCCCUUCGCGCCUCGGGCCUCUCUCGGGUCCAGCGAGGCGCCUUCUGAGGCCGCGCGAACCGAACGAGGCGGCCAGUCUGCCGACUCGACAGAUCUGGGAGUGCCCCAAACCCCCGGCUUGCUCGCAUUCCUCCCGCUGCAGAGUCUGAGAACUGCACGCUGUCUCGUCCAUGCGGCCUCCCGCCCACAGCGGCAACACACCGCAGGCACACGGAUCUCAGCUCUGCAGGAAGAUGUGCUGCGCGUUCUCGUGAGCACGCUGCGCCCGGAGACACCGGACGCAUCCAACGGAGCUUCUGCGACUUUCCCUCGCGACGGAACAAAUCCAGAGCCUUUGGAGGCCACCCCAGUACCUGACAGGUCGCACCAACUCGAGGUCGAGAGGUCCGCCGUCCCGGAAGGCGACAGGCGAUUCGAGUUCCGUUUCGAGGUAGUUGAAGCUGUUGUGGGUCCCUACACAGUGGACUGCAUUCUGACCCCGCGGAACGGACGCGAUGGAUCGCCGACUUCGUGUCGACAAACAAGUUCCUCUCCAUAAACCCCUAGAAUUUGCACGUGGCAUCUCUCCGGAAUCUGCUUACCAGUUCCGAACACUGCCGACUCCGUCCUGGGUGUGGCGGCUGCACAAGGUGCUGCUGCUUAGAGACAUGUGGAUAGUUAACGUAUUUUGGUGGGUUGUGCAGGCUUUUAUGGCUGUACAGGAAAUGCUGCGGUUGGCAAGGUGCAGGUACUGGCUGGGUUGGAUGGGAAAGAGGUGCUGGCCUUCUGGAAGAGUGCCAACUUCACGCCUAGUCGCGAGUGCACUGUCGACG